GGUGGUUCGACAUCAACGGAGCGGCAAGUCAGUUGCUGUUCGCUGCUCUCGUCAGUGACAACGUCCUCCGUUGUCGGCUGAUGUGCCCCAUACAUCUUCGGUACGAUUAGAGUUUAGCUGGUCUUCUUCGUUGUAUUAUCAAUUAGUACUAGUCGACCAUAAUCUCCUGAGGCGCAUCGAACCCUCGAGCUACAUAGGUCAAAGAUCACGGAAUUUCUAUUUUCCUAUUUUCAAGAAUAAAUAGAACCCUACGCCAUCAUGAGUACAAAGCAGUUUGACAUCGUUCCAUCGGAUAACAUGCUCGAGAAAGAUUCCAGCUACACGAGAGGACAAAAUGCCAGCUUUGGACGGCUCCUACUCCGGUUCCUAGCGAUAUACUGGCGUUCCAUUGUCGUUGUAGGAGCACCCCUAGUUUUUCUACCCAUACCCAUUAUUUAUACCACAACCACAUUCAGAUGUUUUUACAUUGUUAUAAUAAUGGCGAUCUUUUGGGUGACGGAAGCUUUGCCGCUGCCCAUGACCUCCUUCAUGCCAGUUUUUUUUUUCCCGUUGAUGGGAAUUCUGAGUACGACCGACACUACAACUUGUUAUCUAAAUGACACAACUAUGAUGUUCCUCGGAAGUCUUAUUAUAGCUGUGGCGAUCGAACAUUCAGGACUACACAUGCGAAUCGCAUUAUUAAUCAUCAAAACAGUCGGAUGUGGUCACAGGAGGUUGAGCGCCGGUAUUUUCUUCGUCACAAUGUUCAUAUCGAUGUGGGUUUCCAAUACUGCAGCUACCGCUAUGAUGAUUCCAAUCAUCCAAACAGUGCUCAUGGAAUUGGAAAACCAAGGACUGGGUCCUAUGUUUAUAGAAGAAAGGGACAAUGUCGAAUCGAACGAAGAUGGUACACCUGCUAAGAGGCCCACCAAUACUACGAUGAAUUACUUUUUGAUUGCAUCCUAUGCAUCUAGUAUCGGUGGCACUGGAACAAUGGUAGGCAGUGGAACUAAUUUAACGUUCAAAGGAAUUUUCGAAACUCGUUUCCCAGGGAGUGGUGGACUCAAUUUCUCCGAUUGGAUGUAUUAUGCCAUUCCACAAAUGCUUGUCUGUGCCGUGCUCACUUGGCUGUGGCUGCAAAUCAUGUACAUGGGGCUGUUUAGACCAAAUAGCAAAGAUGCGCAGGCAAUAAACAUAGGCAAAGAGGGUGAAAAAAUUGCGGAAAACGUCAUUAACCAGAAAUAUAAAGAAUUGGGGCCAAUUACAUGGCACGAAUCUGCUGUCGCAGGGUUAUUUGGUAUUGUCAUUCUUAUGUGGUUCUUCAGAAAACCUGGAUUCAUGACAGGCUGGCCCCAACUUAUCACGGAUUUGGGCUACAAAGAUUCCAGCUCAGCAAUUUUCGUGGCACUCAUGAUGUUCAUACUCCCAGCUAAGUUGGACUUCCUCAAAGCCUUCAGUAAAGACCCUAGGAAACGUCCGACGAAACCAAGCCAAGGAUUGAUAACCUGGCAGUUGAUUCAGACGAAAAUGCACUGGGGUCUCAUGUUUGUUCUUGGGGGUGGCUUCGCGUUGUCCUCCGGCAGUACAUCUUCUGGAUUAUCCACAGUUUUAGGAAAUUCAUUAACGGGUUUGCAGAAUCUCCAUUCCAUAGCCAUUUUGUUCAUAGUGUGUCUGUUGGCUGAGUCGGUUACGGAAUUGACAGCUAAUGUGGCUGUUGCCAAUGUGAUAUUACCAGUACUUGCAGAAUUAGCUGUAUCGAUCAAAGUGCACCCGUUAUAUUUGAUGAUGCCGGCUGGACUGUGUUGUUCAUUUUCAUUUCAUCUACCAGCUGGGACACCACCAAAUGCAAUUAUAACUGCAGCAGGACACAUAAAAACCAAAGAUUUGAUCAUAGCUGGUAUCGGACCAAGUAUUAUCACACUGGUUGUGUUGACCGUCGCAUUCCCAACUUGGGGAAACUUUAUAUAUCACGUUAAUGAGUUCCCAUCUUGGGCCAACCGAUAGCGACCAAAGGAAACUAACAGUAAAUAAAAAUUGUAUAUGCCUACACAGACAACGUGUGCUUGAGGAGAAUAUGGAUUUCUCUAACCGUCCCAAUAUCUCGGGAAGUUUUAAUACCUGACAACUUGUUGGACCAACUUGUAAAUAGAUUUCUGAAAUAGCACACAGCGAAGAGAAUAGCUGAGUACAUUCAGUACUAAAAACCAAAUAUCUGACUAUAAAGUACACGUAUUAUAAAAAAUCUGACUUAAUAAUUAAGGAAUGUGAAGCGGCCAUAGAGAGAUAUGUUCGAAAGGCUCGAUAAUUCAUAAACAAGAUAGAUUUUAUAAUUUCAAACAAGGUUGUGAUGAUGUUAUGUUGUGAUUAUUUGUCUGGUUGUUGACAUAUCAACAAAGUAUAAUGUAGGUAGAAUGUUUCAACGAGAUAGUAAAGCAAUGAAAAUUAGAAACACUUUGCCUUCUUAUAUUUUGUGAUAAAUAGGCGAUACAUGUUUUCCUCUGAUGUAAUCUAAUGAAUGACUUUAUCUGAACCAAGUUUAUUUGAAAAGUAUUGAAGCGGUUUCCCAACAUUCAAUAAAAUUCAUACUCUACAAAGUUUUGUUCGUGAAACCGCUAGAAUGAAAUUUAUCAAUCACUAUUAUUUGAUAAUCAUUUCAUAGGAAAAAUGUAAAAGUGAUGAAUAAAUCAACUACCAACAUGAAAA